AUGCCAGUGAUAUAUGAUUUUGUUAUUCUUUUUCUGGCUAUUAUGCUGCCUUCUUCUGUCUAUAACUGUGUCAGUGAACCUCCGCCAAGGUGGAUUGUGCUGCUGUCAAGAGGAGUGGGCACAAAAACCCGAGGUUUGGAGCCAUGGAUGAUUGUCCUUAUUGUCAUAGUAGGACUACUGAUUGCAAGCAUAACCAUUGGUCUUCUGGUUCAUUUCUUGGUCUUUGAUCAGAGGCUGGAGUACUAUCAUGGCACUUUUAAAAUUUCAGAUGCACAGCUGAAUGCUAAUGCUGAACAAGGUUAUGGAUACCAAUACAAGAACUUACGUGAGAGGAGCGAAAUUUUGGUAUGUCCAGUGGAUGAGACAUUUAUGGAUUCUAUCUUAAGCAAACAUUAUAUUAAGAAUCAAGUAAUCCAACUGACACCAGAGAUAGAUGGUGUGAAAGCAGAUGUUGUGAUGAUAUUUCAGUUUCCCACCAAAGAGAGAAGAGAAACAAGGGAGAAAAAGAUUCAUAGCAUUUUAAAUCAGAAAAUAAGGGCCACCAGAGCUCUGAAAAUAAAUGCCUCCUCACUUCAGCUCAAUGCUAUGAGUUCAACAACAGGCAAGCUAACUGUCCAAUCAUGUUGUGGCAAACGAGUGGCUCCAACAAUAAUCAACAGAAUAAUUGGUGGAGAAAUUGCACCAAAGUCGGCUUGGCCAUGGCAAGCCAGCCUUCAGCAUGACAACGUGCAUCAAUGUGGUGGCACUCUGAUUAGUAACACAUGGCUUAUUACUGCAGCUCACUGCUUUAAGAAUUAUCCCAGCCCACGUGGAUGGACCAUUAGCUUUGGUAUAACUAUUGAUCCUCCCUUAAUGAAAAGAAAUAUCAGAAAAAUUAUAGUCCAUGAAAGGUACCGUUCUCCAGCACGAGAAUAUGACAUUGCAGUAGUACAGUUUUCUCCCAAAGUCACCUUUACUGAUGAUAUACGUCGGAUUUGUCUACCAGAGGCAUCUGAUCAUUUCCCAUCUAAUUCAACACUCUUUAUCACAGGAUUUGGAGCACUUAACUAUGGUGGGAUCUCACAGAAUCAACUUCGACAAGCCUCAGUGGAUAUCAUAAGUGAUGAAACAUGCAGGCAGCCACAUGUAUAUGGCAAAGAGAUAACAUUUGGAAUGUUUUGUGCUGGAUUCUUGGAAGGAAUUUAUGAUGCCUGCAGGGGUGACUCUGGAGGACCCCUCGUUGUAAAAGAUUAUAAAGAUACUUGGUAUCUCCUUGGAAUUGUGAGCUGGGGAGAUAACUGUGGUCGCGUGAAUAAGCCUGGAGUCUAUACCCAAAUAACUUAUUACCGGAAAUGGAUUACCUCGAAAACUGGCCUCUGAUGGAACUCACUGUAUGCAGGACACAUCUGAAUUCUCAGUAUUUCUUCAGGUGUAUAACCCUAAGGUUUGGUUGAGCAGUUGUCCAUGUCAACUCAAUACAAUAAAAUACAUUUACAUUUAGGAAGGUAGAGGUUUAUUCAACCAAUAUGUCCAUAGAUAAUCUGUAAUGCUUAAAACCACUAACCAUAAAAAUUUACCUGAUUUAAAAUAAUCAUUUCUAUGUGAUUUCUGUGACUUAGAAGAGAGUGCAUAAAUGAAAACCAUGUAAAAAAGUGGGAAGCCUUGAUGUUUUGAAAUGUGCCUUUUGGUAUCUUAUUUUGAUGAUCUUGAGUAAGGUUGAGAAAAAAAAUGUUUUUUUACAGCUCUGAAAAUUCAUUCUUUAUUUUGCUAUGUUUUUUGAGCACCAUUAUCUUUCUCUCCACCUUACCCAUGAGGAGAAAGCUUUGGGGAAAAGCUAUCUUUCCAUUAGCCUAGAAGAUGAUUCCUAUAUUUUCCUAGAAAUUCAGUUGCUUCUACUCCCAUUGGAGAAGACUCCAAGAGACAAAGUUGACAUUACAGUGAAUUAGACCAAUGAAUCACCAUCUUUCUUGGAAUUUUGACACCCUUUUAUUGCUUCAUUUUUGUUUAACUUAUUCAACUUUUUCUCACUCUUCAAAAUAUAUGCUCAUAGAGAUAGAUGCAUAUUUUCUUUACUGAAAUAAAAAUCAAUAUUUUAUAUACUGUAUCUAAAAAACAUUGCAUGACAAAAAGAAAGCUAGUCUCUGAGUCCAGAAGAGCUGGGUUCUAAUCUCUCACUCCUUCUGUGUAUGUGACAUUGGGCAGUUGAACUUAAAUGUCUCAGUGCCCAAGGCAUCACUAAGACUGUCAAUUAGAGUGGAGACCAGGCUGCAUUGGUGGAGGGAGUUCCUAAUUCUGAGCUCCUAUGAUGCCAUUGAAAUCAUUGGUAGAGUUGGACAACGGGUGUUUUUAUUGAGGAGACACUGGCUUAUAAAUUGUGCACUGCUUUGAGAUAAGCUGAAUCAACUGGGAACCUUGGAAUCAACUUGAUCCUUCCAGACCUAAAAUGAUAAGGUUUUCGGAUUCUAUAAAUUCUAGAAUUGAAGAUAUAGAAGAGAUAUAGAAGCGUUGUACAUGUAUUCAUUUACACCACUAGGGGGCAACAUUGACUAUUACCAUAGUAAAAAGUAAAUUCCUCCCUAAACAAUUGGACAGGCUAAAUAAAGCCCUUUCAUUCUAUGGGGAGCAUUUUCUUUUUUCCAGUGUUAAUAUUUACUCCCUGACUAAAUUACUCCCUGAGACUCUAUGACAGUCAGAUGGCAAAAUCUUAGUCCAAAUGUGCCUCUCAACUAACUUCUCAUUGAUAACGUGAGCCUAGGGAGGAUCUGGCUCAUUAAUUCCAGGGACACAACUGAAUGAAACUGUGAUAACGCUGCUACUUUAUUUACUGAACGUGUCCCGGGGGCUAUUUGCUCCUGAAGUUGAAACCCAAGUUGAGCCAUUUGUGAAAUGGAGUUAUUUCAGGCCACUUUUCCCCAAAGGGCUGUUAGAAACCUAUGAUGAUAAUUUCAAAACAGAUUUACAAUUGGAAGAACACUUUCCUCUGUUCAAAAAUAGCAACUUUAAUGUUAUUUACAUGAACAGAUGAUCCUAAAAAGUGCAACUGAGUACUGUUUGAUGUGCUUUGCUUUAGUUUAGAAAACCCACGAGGAUAGGAUUAAACAUUAUGUGAUUUGCUUAGGCAGCUGGCUGCCUACUGACUUUUUGGAAAUUCUCUUAAUCAAAUGCUGCUUCCUUUUCCAAUAUAUUUACUUCUCUAUUAUGGUGGUAAGAUGGAAUUUUUGACUUUCUUAAUGUUCAGAUUUGGGGGAUGAUCAAAAUGUGUAUGGCUACUUAGAUUGUGACCUCCUGGAGGGUAUGGACCAUGUCUGUCUAAAUUGUUCUUUGUACCAUCUCAUAAUUCCAGAUAUGAAUUAGGAACUAAAUAAAUGAAUUUGAAUGCUGAUUAUAAA